AUGGGGCGCGGACAGUUGAUCCUAAUAGAAGGGCUAGAUCGUACAGGGAAGACGACACAGACAGAGCUGUUGCUCAAUAAUCUGUCUCCAAAUGCCGAAUUGAUCAAAUUCCCGCAAAGACAAACUCCAAUUGGUAAGAUUAUUGACAGGUACCUAACAGAUAAAAGCUAUGAAUUGCCCGAUCAAGCAAUCCACCUUCUAUUCAGCGCCAACAGGUGGGAGUUGAUAGAUUCUAUUAAGAGCACACUUGAUAGUGGGAAACACGUUAUCUUGGACAGGUACGUCUUUUCGGGUGUCGCCUACUCUGUCGGGAAAAACAUUCCUGGUAUGGAUAUCCAUUGGUGUGUAUCCCCGGACAAAGGCCUCAUGAGACCUGAUCUAACCCUAUUUCUUGUCAACGAAAUGGGGUCCGAUUCAAGAGCUGGAUUUGGAGAGGAACGAUAUGAAAGUGUUGGGAUGCAGCAAAAGGUAAGAAAACAAUUCGAUCUUGUGUUGAAAGAACUAGGUGAUGCUACGGUCAAGACACUGAAUGUGACAGGCAAAACGAUUGAUGAAGUAGAAUUGAUGAUCCGGAGACAGGUGGACAACCUUCUAAGCAAUCCUAAUGAAGAAUAUCAUCACUUCUGA